AAUGGGGACGUGGCGUCAGAGAAUACGAAAAUGGCGGCUCUCAGCGUUGAGUUUGGGAAUCUGGUGCAGAUCAAGAAACAACUCAUAUCUGUCAUUGUGCUCUGUAAAGAAAGAGGACUGCUGCACAGCGCCAAGUGGGCGUCAGAGCUGGCGUUUGCUUUGGAUCCGCUUCCUAAAGAUGAAUUACCUCCACCACCACCAUUCACUGAGGAGGAUGCACAGGACCUGGACACGCUCACCUUGGCCAAGUCUUACUUCGAUCUGAAGGAGUACGACCGAGCAGCUUUCUUUCUGAAGGACUGCUGCAGCCAGAAGGCCUAUUUCCUCUACAUGUACUCCCGCUACCUGUCGGGUGAGAAAAAGAAGGAUGAUGAGACAGUGGACACUCUUGGGCCUCUGGAGAAAGGCCAGGUGCGUAAUGAAGCCUUGCGAGAGCUGAGAGUUGAACUCAGCAAGAAGCACGCAUCAGGAGAGUUGGACGGCUUCACCCUCUACUUGUAUGGAGUCGUGCUGCGGAAACUGGACCUGCUGAAAGAGGCGGUUGAGGUUUUUGUGGAGGCCAUUUACGCUCUCCCUCUGCACUGGGGCGCCUGGCUGGAGCUCAGCAGUCUGGUCAACAACAUUGAAAUGCUGAAGUCGCUGUCGCUGGCCGAGUGCUGGAUGAAGGACUUCUUCAUGGCCCACAUGUACACGGAGCUGCAGAUGAUCAAAGAGGCGCUGCAGAAAUAUCAGAACCUGAUCGAGGUCGGCUUCUCCAAGAGCACCUACAUCAUCUCACAGAUCGCCGUGGCGUACCACAACAUCAGAGAUAUUGAUCAGGCGCUGGCGAUGUUCAACGAGCUCCGGGAGCAGGACCCAUGUCGCAUCGACAACAUGGACACCUUCUCAAACCUCCUGUAUGUCAAGAACAUGAAGCCAGAGCUGAGCUACUUGGCCCACAACUUGGUGGAGAUCGACAAGUACCGAGUGGAGACGUGCUGCGUCAUCGGAAACUACUACAGUCUGCGCUCUCAGCACGAGAAGGCGGCUCUGUACUUCCAGCGAGCUCUCAAGCUGAAUCCUCGCUGUCUGGGGGCCUGGACUCUGAUGGGACACGAGUACAUGGAGAUGAAGAACACGUCUGCUGCCAUCCAGGCGUACAGACAUGCCAUUGAAGUGAACAAGCGGGACUACCGGGCCUGGUACGGUCUGGGCCAGACCUACGAAAUCCUCAAGAUGCCUUUUUACUGUCUUUACUAUUAUCGGAAAGCUCACCAGCUCAGACCGAAUGACUCGCGAAUGUUGGUGGCCCUGGGUGAGAGCUACGAUAAGCUGUCGCAGCACGUCGAAGCCAAAAAGUGUUACUGGAGAGCAUACUCUGUGGGGGACGUGGAGAAAAUGGCUCUGCUUAAACUGGCCAAGCUAAAUGAGCAGCUGAAUGAGUCGGAUGACGCUGCGCAGAGCUACAUGCUUUACAUCCGAGAUAUUUACUCCUGUGGGGAGCAGCUGGAGCACGCGGAGGUGAGCACGGCCCUCAGGUACCUGGGUCAGUACUUCUUCAAGAACAAGCUGUAUGAGGAGGCGUCUCUGUGUGCUCAGCGCUGCUGCGACUACAACGAAUCCCGGGAGGAGGGUAAGGCCCUGCAGAGGCAGAUCGCCCAGGUGAGGGAUCAAGUGGAGACUCCCACCACAGAUCUGUUCACACCGCUGGCCAACAACAACACCACGCCAGUACGGAGAAUAACGUCGCUCAACCUCGGCUCCUUCACCCCCUGACACGGACGUGUGCUCCCCCUUUAGUUUUCUGGAUGUUUGGUAACAUUAGUGAGCUUUUCUGCUGCCCAGUUAGAUGUUUGCUGGAGGGUCACCUUCCACCUGACCGACAGACUACGGACUAUUGUCAGCAAAUAUGGACUAGUACAUUUUUAUUGUACUAAUGCCAAAAACUCAAAACAAGACAAAUUUGUAUUUAUGUACAUACUGAAAAUAAAGUAUCAAUGCCACCGACAGCACAAUCACUGCUGUAGAAAAUGAUUCAGUUACAUUUUUAACAGAAACAACCAACGCAUCACAACAAACGUAGAAAAGAAUGUGAUAAAGGAAUAUAUUAAAGGUUUACACAUAAUGUGGGGUGU